AUGCAUUAAUAAUCUGUUCCAAUUUCAAGAUUAUAAAAAGAAUAUCGAUUGAAACCACUUGAAUUUUCAUCUCCUCAAAAAGAAAGAAUUGUUUCCAGAUAUCCUGAAAGUACUGAUUAUAACAGCAAUAAUAAUGGUAAAUAUUAGACUAAUCUAUCAUUGCCUACAUUACCUCCUUUAAAAAAAAAGAGCAAAAUAGAGUAGACAGUUUCAAUUUAUAAGGGUAAGGCUGCUCGUUUGCCGUCUAUAUAAUUUACUGGAAGCUAAUAAUAAUUAUAAAGAAAAAAGUAAAUUUCAGAAAUUGAUGGAAUGCGGAAAUCUAUAACGCCAGAGAAAAGAUUGGGAAUGAGAAAUUCUAUGAUAUUUGCCAUGAAAACUAAGGCUGGUUGUUAACCAAAUAAAGCUACAAAAAUUAAUUAAGAUGCUGCAAUUGUUUGUCCAAAAAAUGUAGAAAGGUAAAAUUCAAUAUAUAAAAUAUUAGUAUUGGGUUUAAAUUGUUUGGAGUUUGUGAUGGACAUGGAUUGAAUGGUCAUAUAGUUUCAAAUUAAAUUAAAUAGCAAUUGCCUAAACAUUUGAGUAGAUUGUUGAAGGAUGGAGAGAAUAUAGAGAAUUAGAUUCAAAAGGCAUUUACAAUUACUAAUAGGGAAUUGUGGAACUCUGAAAUUGAUACUAAUCUUUCAGGUUCAACUACAAUAUCAUUAUUAAUAAAUAAGGAUCAUGUAAUUAAGAAAUAAUAAUAAAGAUUUACUCAGCAAAUGUAGGAGACUCAAGAGCCAUAAUGUGUAGAUUUGAUAAUGGAUGGAAGGUAGUUCCUUUAAGUAGAGAUCAUAAACCUGAUGAUCCAGAAGAGAAAUAAAAAAUUUUGGAGGCAGGAGGAAGAGUAGAAUAAUAAAAAGGUUUAGUAAUAAUUAAAAUAAUUAGAUUUGCAAGGAAAUCCAAUAGGGCCAUUUCGAGUUUGGCUUUCUUAUAUAUAAGCUCCAGGAUUGGCAAUGACUAGGUCACUUGGAGAUAAAGUAGGGGCUUAGGCAGGAGUAACUGCAGAACCAGAAAUUAAAUAAUAUACUAUAACUGAAUAGGAUCAUUUUAUAGUAGUGGCAUCAGAUGGAGUAUGGGAAUAUUUAAGCAAUGAAGAAGUACAUUUAAUUUCAUUUAGGUAAUAGGUAAUGAAUAUAGUUGUUCCUUAUUUGGAAAAAGACAAUCCAGAUUAAGCAGCUGAUAAUAUAAUAAUAGAAGCUACUCAAGCAUGGAGAAGAGUAAAUUAGAUAUUAAAUUCUAGAAUAGUUUGGCUAGAGACGAUAUUACUUGUAUAGUUAUAUUCUUAUAAAAGUGA